UGUUUCUCAAAAACAACAAAAGCAAUAUACACUAACCGAGAGAGAGAGAGAGAGAGAGAGAGAAGAUGAUGAGGAAGGUGAGUUCAUGUGUUUGGGUACUAGUGUUGGUGGUGGUAGUGGUGGUGAGCGUUUGGGAGGUUCCAGUUGUGAGUGGUGCCACCAGUCCUAGCCAGUGCAAGCAGCAGAGGCAGCAGCUGACAAGCUUGUGUAGGCCAGUGAUAUUUGGGCAGAACCCAUCAGCUGAUUGUUGCAGUAUAGUUAGGGAUAUUCCUGUUGAGUGUGUUUGCCCCUAUGUUACUCCAAAGUUAGCUGCCAUCAUUGGAGUUGAACGCGCCAUCAAGAAGAUUGAAGGUUGUGGGAGGACUGUCCCUCACAACUUUAAAUGCGGAAGUGUGACCACUCCAUGAGAAGGAACCCACAUAAUCGAUUAAUAUAUGUGAUCAUAAAUAUUAAUAAUGUCUGCAUGAUGUUGUGUUUAAGAGUCAUGUUUCAAUAUGUAAGUUUUUAGCCAUUUGGAGAGGGAGUGAGAAUGCGUUUUAUGUAAACUCUUCCGAAUAAAAUACAAUAAAUAAAUCAAAUUAUUUGAUGAUAAA